GCACGUGACAGUACUCCGACUCGCACUGUGUACACAGUCGACAGUGAGUUAGCUGGCCUUCCAUGCUUCGCCGAUUAGUGAAUGGGUGCAGUCUUGUCAGAAACUAGAAGGGGUGUGUGUUGAUGGGUCACAGACGAGGAAGGGAGUAGAAUUCCGUCUCAAGCUUCGGUCCGGAUUAUUACAUCAAGACGGAUUCUAAACGCUCAGUACCAAUGAAGGACAAGGCUUGCUCCGAGUUUGUGUUUAUGCCUUUGAAAGGGGACUCGGCGAGAAGCCCAACCCCGACGAAGGAAACUAUGAGUGUCCCAACAAGCCCGGACAGCGAGUCAGAAGUGACUUUAGUGAGAUCGAAAAUUGUCGUUGUUGGUGAUUGUAACUGUGGGAAAACUUCCCUCAUUCGGAUGUACUGCAAACCAGGUGAAUUCUCGGAUACCUACACACCAACCGGUUUUGAUACGUUCACAUCCACCUAUAACGUAUCGGAGACUUACAGGAUACAGAUCAGCAUAUGGGAUACAUCAGGAGAUUCCGGGUACGACCGGGUCCGUCCCUUGUCCUACACAGAUGCAGAUCUCAUAAUGAUCUGUUUCUCAGUCGCAGACCCGGAGUCUAUGGAGAACGUCGUAUCAAAGUGGUUACCCGAGGUGCGAGAACAUUGCCCCAAACAGCCCCUCAUGUUGGUGGGCUGCAAAACAGAUCUUCGAAACGAGAUAAAAACUGUCCCACCAAGCAAAGACAAGACACCGUCAAUAGUAUCAUACGACCAGGGUUUGAAGACGGCCAAACACAUCGGAGCCCUUGUAUAUUCCGAAACAGCUUCGAAAACGUCGCAGAGAAGCGUCAAUGACGUCAUGGAGGUUGCCGCACUAUCGUCAGCCGGGACAAAGGGCAAUACACCUGAAGCUACCAGUUUUCGCCGUCAGAGGUCCUUCAUUCGCCGGAAACGGUUCAGUGGUAUGAACGAGGCCAAAAUGCAUUUGAGGAAAGAAGCAGCCAAAAGCUGCGUCGUCAUGUGAUCCUGUGCAAAAACAGCUGAACUUUAUUUAUCUUAUUUAUAAUGCAUCUCAGUUCAUAGUUUUCAACCGUGAACCGCUCAGGCAUUUGCGUACAGACGUCACUAAUGCUCAUCGGACUGAACCUGUGUACACGUUUUCGUCAGAAUUAGUGACGUCAUAAUGAUGCGUGAACACGUCAUCAAAACGUGUAGUGAAACGACACUAGCCAUAAUUCACAACUUGUUUCCACUUACUUUAAAGCAUAUUAUUGCUUGUUACAAAGAUCUCUUUGGACACUUGAACUUGUGUAUACGUCAUUGAGUUAUGUGUAGCCCUAAUUUUAAUGGCUUAUCUGUCAGAACUGCACUUUUGUCGCGUUUCAAGCCCCACAAAACCCGUUUGCAAGCCGGAGAAAUCUAUAUCUCUGCUUGUGGUGUAUAAACCAGUUUGUGUACUCGUCAUCACGUUUUGUGUACUCGUCAUCGAAAUGUGUUCUCAGCUGUGAUAUUAUCGCAAAUCCAAACCCAGCAAGUAUUCUUGCCUACGAAACGAACACAGAAUGUAUGACGUCAUCAGAAAAGGAUAGCAGAACGCGUGACGUCAUCUGAAAACGUACCAGGUGCUUUGUUGUUUCGUUUUGUUUUCUCGCCCGUCGUCUUCAAAGAAGGCGUAAAGUUGACUGUGGAAUCUAGUGCAAAGACUGUAUAUAGGGAUGGUGUUUGAGAUACGUUGGCGUUGCCAUGUGAAUGAAUGAAUGAGAUGUUGACUGAGCUGUUGUGUGAAUGACAUCGUUAUGUAAUUCAUGGAUGUUCGUUUCUGUUUGUAAUACCUAAACGACAUAAUUCUUUAAAAAAGAAUAAAAAGUCUUUUGAAA